GCUAAAACAGUUACCAAUCGAGUGAAUGGACUCUCAAUGGAGUCAAUGUUAAACAACUCAAUGGACUCGUACUGUAGUGAAGCCAAUGGAGAGCUAAUGCAUAGCAAACGUCACAACAUUUGUGUUGUUUUGUUUGCUAUAACUAUGAGACUCACGCCUAUUGACUGUUAUGUUUGGGUUUACUGUAUUCAAUGCAUACGUGUUUAUUGUACUAUAAGUUACAGUCAGUACUGUCUAUAUGUGUAAUGUAAUGGUUAAGCAAAUGGCGGAUUAAAAUACCACAACAAAUACAGAUAUCAUUUGAUUUGAAAAGACUGUUACGACCAUUGAUUUAAUAUUGAUUUACUACUUAAUUAUCAUGUCAUCGAUGGCCAGUUGUGGUGAUGUUAGUGUCUGAUUGUGUGACAAAACAAUGAGGAAUCUGUCGAUUCAAAUGACAGAUCACACCAACAAUGGCAACGGUGGUAUAGUCCGUCAAAGCCCUUCGCGCACAAGUAUACGGAUAUCGCCUCCAAUCGCACCAAACAAUGCCAAUAGUGACCAAAACAAAGGCAACCCGAGAAUCACUGGAAACGGUGAUCCCGAACCACAACUGACAUCUCCAACAAAUAACUUAAUGUCACAAACAAAUGAUGAUUACGGAAACAUGUAUUCCCAUCAAUACUAUGAUUCAAAUAACUAUUUGUCUCAUAUGAAACUCAAUAAAUAUGCGGCAAAUGUCAACCAAUCAGCUAUCAGUGCCUCCAAUAUGUGUACAUUAAGUGUGGGAGUGAGCGGUCAGUCCAUCACUACCCCAAUAACAGCUAUUGUGAAUGGUAUGACAUCUGUAAACUUAAACCCAAAUUCAAUGAACAACUCUAGAGCCUCACUUGAGGACCAUGGAGUAGAUGUGGGACGUGUUAGUCCCAGCACUAGUAGUAAUGAUAGUAGAAAAUCACGAUAUAGUUCGGCGAGUUUGGAUAGUGGACGCGGAAGUGACACUAAGACUUCGGCUCAAUCGCAUCGGGUGUCAGUUCAUAGUUGUGAAUCAUUAGGUUCUCAAUUAAGUACUAAAGACAACUAUAACCACAAUUCUGCCUCUUCUUCGAGUAUCGGCAGUGGAAACAGUGUUACGGUUGACGUCGAUAUAAACACAACAAAUAAUGUGUCGACUGUUGCCGAUCCUAAUUGGACUCCUGUAAGUGCCAGCACUUCCAUUACUGGACCCCUGAGUAUACCCGAAAUGGUUUUGCAUGGAAUACCCGACGAGGAGAUAAUCCACACGUGGCUCUCACGAAUCCAUUACGAAGAAUACGUUUCAAACUUUAUAAAAGCCGGUUAUGAUAUGCCAACCAUUUCACGGAUGACACCAGAGGAUUUGACGGCAAUCGGUAUAACUAAACCACAAAAGAGACAAAAUCUUAAAACAGAGAUUCAAAAGCUUACGAUCGCUGACGGCAUUCCUAAUUUCAAACCCAAUUCACUGCUUGAAUGGUUAAAGUUAUUACGUUUGGAGGAGUAUUUCACAAUACUAUGCCAACAGGGAUACAACUCAAUUGAUAGGGUCACUGAGUUGGCCUGGGAGGACCUCGAGGAGGUUGGCAUCACUAAGUUAGGACAUCAAAAAAAGAUAAUGUUAGCCAUCAAGAAGAUCAAGAAUAUUAAUAAUAAUAUAAAUAGUUGUAAAACGUCUGAAUCGACUCACAAUUUAUCGCUUCCAUUGAUAUAUAAUAAUAACAGUUCCUCUUGUGAUGGUAUGGCACGACCUAAUAAUAAUGGUUACAAUAUGUCCUUUAAUAGUCAAUAUCAAGACACUGUUGCCAUCAAAAUGUUUGCUCCGACUACCAAAUCAACGCCUUCCCCCACAACUGAACAGUUACCACCCAUUGCUCCACAGCUAAAGACUUUCCAACAAUUGCCAAUCAAUCGAUUCAUGUAUUCCAGACAAAGAAGUGAUGUUCCAUAUACUGGAUUCUUAUCAAAUGACACUCAAAAUAUGCUUCAAUCAUCUCGAGGCAGAUCUUUAGAGAGUUUAGAUUAUAAUGAUAGUAAUUAUCACUUAUUUUGGUCAAAACAAUCAAAUCAUAUGUUGAAUGGAUUUCCAAAACAACAACAGAUGCCUUAUUCUGAAUCAUAUGAAUUAACACAACAAAGAGAAUCGGAACAAAUUCAUGGAUAUGAAACAGACAAUGAAGUGAUUAAUAACUAUGCAAAUAAUAGACGAACAAUGUAUGAAAUCGAUGGCACGGCUACUUUGCACAGACCGAAAGGUAUGGUCAAAGCUAAGCCAGUGGCGAAAAUUGUUGCAAAAACACGACCUCCGACUCAACCCGAUGUUAAUACAUUUAAUCAGAUAUAUGACACACAAAAGAAAUACGAACCAAUGUCUCAAUCGGACAAUAACUUGAAAAAUAACUUUAUCUGUGAUGACAACUCCAGUUCAUACUAUCAGGACGUAAAUCCUCAAAUCUAUGCGAGUAUAAAACGCAAGAAAACACCCCCACCCCCACCAAAACGGGUAAACUCGAUGCGAAACACACUCACCACCAGUUCUCCAAUAUAUUCAGGAACUUCUAUUCCAUCAUUUUCUUCACCGCUAUCACCACUUCAUUCACAUCAUAGACAAAGUUAUGACGGUUACGAUCAAUUUCAGGAACAGGUGUUUGCCUCUUGUGUUAAAAACUUGACAUCUCGUUUCUCAAUGAAGAACAUGGAAGAUACGACUCCAAGCGAUGAUAAAACAUUUAAAGGAUGUGCCGAUGAUUUUCCUCCGCCACCAUCGCCACUAUCAUUCAAUGAUUGCCAAAACUAUAAUACAUUACAGCGAAAGAAAAAAGAUAAGAAUGAUAGACAAGAGUGUAAUAUAUCGAGUAGUUCUUCAACUGAGUCGAUGCCUUUCGCCAACGACAACAUCGGAACAAUUAAACAAAAUCGUGUAAAUCCUGAAUAUAAUAAAGACAGAGAAAUUCAUUCGCCUUCGCCUUCAUUUACAUGUUCAGCGCCCCCUUCACUAACUAACUCACCCUCAUCUACAUCUCCUCAUAGCAUUACCAAUGAUCAGAAAAAUUUUGUUGCAAAUCAAUCUCCUGUUAAACUCCGAUCAGUUGACAAUCAGAGAAAUGGUAUUAGACCUAAUGGUAUGCCAUUAUCACUAAAAGACGAUCCAUUAGAUGAUAUCGAGACAAUGCUCGUCAAUUUGUCCAAUCAAUUGGAUUUAAUGCUUGAAACAGAUCAUCGCAACAAAUAGUUUUUACAUCUAAUACAUUGACAGCUAUUUAAAAUAAAAAGGUUUUUCAAACUUUGAGUACAAACAAAUCAAAACAUCUAAGAAAAAAUAAAAACCAAAUGUAAAGUCAAAAGCUUUAGUGAUAUAUUAAAUUUAUAUUAAAAAUCAAUGAAACUUUUCGCAUGAAAUUUACAUGACUUUUGUACUGUAGUCACAUUGGAGUAUAUGCAACAUAUAAAUUAUAUGUAAAUUAAAUUUUAUAUAGAAUUUUAUAGUAUUUUUUAAUAAUCAUUAAAUUGUAAUUAUAAACACUAGUC